AUGUCACUACUCAAGAUAAUAUACGUAAUAGUAAUGCCUUUGGGAAUAACACUACUUUUGUCUUGUCUACUGAAAAUAAAAUUCCUUGUAAAAUUCAGCUACUCAUUUUGCCGAAAGCAAAUUGGAGAUACACCCAUCAGAAUUGUCUCCCUUAUAUUAAUUUUAAAUUUUAUUUUAUUCAUUACGGAAUCGUACAAGUUGAAAUAUUCUGUAAACAAAAUGCAUAAUCCCAAGGAUCCCAUUCUUGGAUUAUCAGACGAGUACUAUAAAAUGUACAAAUGGAGACAUGAAAGGAAUUGGUGGAUAGGGAUUUCAAAUUUGUGUAUAUGGUUAAUGUUAUGGAGAUCUACAGGGAUAAUUAAUCACUAUGUGAAGUACUUAGAGCACAGAAAAACGCAAAUAGAACUUUUGUGA